AUGGCUUCCAAUCCUCAUCAAUGGAAUUAUUUGGAUAGCCGUAUACCAGUAUUGGUCGUGAACACUAUAUACAGACGUAUUUCGGUUUAUUGUUAUAUUACUGAGGAAAUAUCGCAAAAUUGUACACAUCUUGGUGGAUUAAAGGGGAUAUUUCUUUCCAAAUUCGUAAGCAAUCAUCAUACUAGUAACCAAUCAUCAUCGUCGUUGGCAUCUGCAUCAAAUAUGUCUAGACGGAGUGAUCGUUUACUGCCUAUUCAUCCGAAUAAUUUGAACAAAGUGAUACGCGGUGAAUGGGAGUCAAUUUCACAAUGGUUAUGUGAUGUCCUGUCAUCUGGUGAUGUUCUGUGUGUGUGA